GAGUGAAUGACAGCGUGUGGACGCGUGCAGCCCAGAUGAAGGUGAAAUACCGAGAUUAAAAAACAAAAGAGGACUGUUUACACUUAUUGAAUCAGACUGUACUGCGACAGAGUCUCUGGAGAACGAGUUUGGGUGUCUCACAUGGCCGUGCGACUGCUGAAAGUGUCGUCGGUUGCGACUACGCUCAUCGCCUCGUCCGGAUUUUACCUGCACUCUCAGAACUUCGACCUCAACGACCUCAGCAUCGUCAGAUUCGGCCGAGCGGCUGCUGCGGUAAAAAUAACACUAACUAACCCUCGGCUUUCACCGAUCAGAGACGGAGAGCAUGAUGCGCGGCGUGUGAGUGUGAGGAACAUUGUUAGGAAGAAAACGACGGCGGUCAUCAGUUAUGACUAUCUCACCGCUCUGCGAGAGGUUCGGUACGGGACAGACGAGUACUGGAGCCUCAAAUCAGAGGUCCACAGACGCUCGGCUGAGAGGCUCAGAGACCUGUGCUGUGCGAACCGAGGCACGUUCAUUAAGGUGGGGCAGCAUCUCGGUGCUCUGGACUACCUCCUGCCCGAGGAGUACACCAGCACUCUGAAGAUCCUCCACAGCCGAGCUCCGUCCAGCACCAUGCAGGAGAUCCAGCAGGUCAUCAGAGAAGAUCUGGGCAAAGAGCUGGACGAGUUGUUCGUGAGCUUUGAGGAGAAGCCACAGGGGGCAGCGUCUCUCGCUCAGGUCCACAGGGCCGUCCUGGCUAACGGCACGACGGUGGCGGUCAAAGUGCAGCAUCCGAAGGUGAAGGCUCAGAGCUCCAAGGACAUCGUGGUGAUGGAGUUCCUCCUGCAGGUGGUUCAUUGGAUCUUUCCAGACUUUGAGUUCAUGUGGCUGGUCGAAGAGGCUAAACGAAACAUGCCUCUCGAGCUCGACUUCCUGAACGAGGGACGAAACGCUGAGAAAGUGUCCCACAUGCUCAAACACUUCGACUUCCUCAAGGUACCGAAGAUCCACUGGGACCUUUCGACCAAGCGCGUCCUGACCAUGGAAUUUGUAGACGGGGGGCAGGUGAACGACCGCGAGUACAUGGUGGCGCACGGAAUAAACGUGAACGAGGUUUCCAGGAACUUGGGCAAAAUGUACAGUGAGAUGAUAUUCGUGAGCGGUUUCGUGCACUGCGACCCUCACCCCGGCAACGUACUGGUGCGCAAGUGCCCGAAAAGCAAUAAGACGGAAAUUGUUUUACUCGAUCACGGCUUGUAUCAGUUGCUGAAGCCUGAGUUCCGGCUGAAUUACUGCAGACUGUGGCAGUGUCUCAUAAAGGGAGACAUGAAGGGUAUCGAGCGCUACAGUAGACGUCUGGGGGCAGGAGACCUGUACCCGCUGUUCGCCUGCGUCCUCACGGGCCGCUCCUGGAGCUCGGUCAGCACCGGCAUCAGCCAGACCCCUGUCACGAACGCUGAGGAUGUGGAGAUCCGCACGAACGCGACGCUCUACCUCCCUCAGAUCAGCGAGCUGCUGAAUCGAGUUCCUCGGCAGAUGCUGCUGCUGCUGAAGACCAACGACCUCCUGAGGGGCAUCGAGACGGUGCUGCAGACCCGCGCCAGCUCCAGCUCCUUCAUCAGCAUGAGCCGCUGCUGCACACGGGCACUCGCCAGUUAUAAGAGGAGUAAGACUGACUCGAGGACGAGGAGGCUGCAGAUCAGCGUGUCCGAGGCGCUCUCUCUGUGUCAGAUCAGUCUGUACGAAGUGGUUUUGUGGAUCCGGAGCUCAUUGCUGGUGAAGUGGAUGUAUUACGUGCUCGGCUGUUUGCCCUUCGCACACUGAAGGGGUUAAAGAGGGUUAAAGACGGACCGCUACACCGCCUCGCUGCCUCUCCUCGUCCUCGCUCUCUGACCUCUCAUCACGCUACCAACACCACACGGCGAGACGAGGCGAGACGAGAAAACGGAUCUACCGCGUGGAGUUAAAUCUGUUAUCGCUGUACGUCACAAUAUAAUCAUUCGACCUGUUAUAGGAGUAAAAAAAAUUUGGCAUUAGCAUGGACUUAAAUACACGUCGAGAACCAUAUUCAGUAAGAUGUGGAGUUGUAUUUGUGCAUGUAAUAAAAAAAAAUUUAAAAAACCACACACACAGACACAAAUGCAUUCGAAUGCACACAUACCGUAUCAUUCAUCAGAGCGAUUUUGCGAUCGCAGAAAUGCACGCGAAAGCAAGCAAACGCCGCGAUAUCCGGAGGAGCUCGGAGCUUUUCAACAUCGCCGCAGACCUGACCCGAGACGCGUCACGUGACGUCAUCGUAACGCAGCGCACGUUCAGCCAAAGCCCUCUUCAAACACGACUACAGCUCUGACUCACCAACAAACAUCACUGCGAAAGCGCUUGCGCAACUGCGAUUUCGCCAAUCCGGGUAGUUUUCCGCCAAAAAAAAAAAACGAAACAAAACGACGACACAAAAACGUCGCGAUUUUGACAAAAGCCGCAACAAAAUCGAGCAGCCUCAGCCAAAACAAUUCCAAAAAUAUUGGGCGGAAUCCUGUACGAACUGAUUUCCUGCGUCGCGGUUUUCGUUUUUUCGCUGGAUUCCAGUCGACUGUGUUUCCAGACUAAGAUUCUGACUCAUAUUCACUGCUACAUAAAUUAUACUCGCUAUUACUAGCUGUUACUGUUCGCCACCGCCGUCCUGAUCGGAAGGAGCGGAUUCGCUACCCGAUUACACAAACUAUUCGAUUAAAAAAAAAAAAAUUGAAAAAGACGAGCUCUCGAAAUUUACUUCAACGUUUCAUUCGCCGCUAUGAAAAUUUUUUCUGCGUAUAAUAAAUACUUUUUUUUUCUUUCUUUUUUUUUUUGGUGCACAUUUGUGGAUUCAAAUGCAUUUCUGUUUAACCCCUCGCUAUUUAUUAUGUUUAAAAAAAAAAAAAAAAAAAUGUGCAAAAUCCUUGUCAGCACACAAACCCUGCUCAUAAAUGACUCAUUUGAGUGAAUCAAUUUGCAUCAUCGGUGUCUACAUGGACAUUUUUUUAUUUUUUUAUUUUUUUAUUUAUACCGAAAUGGACUCCUUUUAAUACCGAACAUGGACGGAGAAGCAUCUUCGUCACGUGGCGCGUCUUCUCAUCGCGUGCUUCUCCUUCAGGACACGCGAGCUCCUUACGACGAAGCAGGAAAUGUCUUCUUUUAUUACAACACAACUUGCCUGAAAUAGCUAGCGGUUUAUUUUUGCCAGCGCACCUUUACUUAACGUUAACCAGCGAGUUAAAGUGUUCGUUCAAGUGCCUGCGAACGAGCUGUUACUAUAGAAACGGUAACUGUUGUAGUAGCUAUAAUGUAAGGGAGAUUGUAGUUUAUUUGUUUUUGCAGAGCAGAUAUUUAAUGGAACAUAAAAAUGACGUGCUGUUCUUUAAUAAAUAAAGCAAGUGGGUGGUGUAAGAGGAA